AUGACGAGCAAAGACACGACCGCAGCAGACUUCACGUCCUACUACCUCCAGCAAUCGACCAAGGAGUUUGCCGAGGACCUGGACAAGAUCCGCAGCGCCGACGACUUCAAGGGCGACGCGCUGCCCGUGCUCGUCAAGUCGCUGCAGCAGGGCACGUCGAUGUUCUCGCCUGCCGACCAGAAGCGUGUUGUCGAUGCGCGGAAACCCGCCGCCUCCUCGCAGGGGGAAUCCGACAGCUGA